GAAAACUGGACGGACACCCGAGAGACUUUGCUGGAGGGGAUGCUCUUCAACCUGAAGUACCUGGGCGUGACGUUGGUCGAGCAGCCCAAAGGAGAAGAAUUAUCUGCUGCUGCUGUCAAAAGGAUUGUGGCAACAGCAAAGGCUGGUGGGAAAAAACUCCGAAAAGUGACUCUGAAAGUAUCACCCAGAGGGAUUGUUCUCAGUGACAGCAUAACGAAUGAAUCAAUUGAAAACGUGUCAAUAUACAGGAUAUCCUACUGUACAGCAGACAAAGUACAUGACAAAGUAUUUGCCUACAUUGCCCAGAGUCAGCACAAUGAGAAUCUGGAGUGUCACGCUUUUCUCUGUUCCAAGAGGAAAAUGGCCCAAGCCGUCACCCUCACCGUUGCUCAGGCGUUCAAGGUAGCAUUUGAAUUUUGGCAGGCGUCCAAGGAAGAGAAAGAGAAGAGAGACAAAGCCAUCUUGGACGGAGAGACCGCCAGCAGCCUAAAUUCAGAUCCUUCCUCCCCCAAAGCACCAGUCACCGUAGAAAACCUGCUAGACUUGGAAAAUGUAACCAAAACUCCUUUGAACACAAAUUCUUUGCACGUGGAUGGCCGAAUCUUUGGGCCCCCUUCAUCAGAAAACAAUAAUGUGUGGGCAAUGGAUGACGAGCUGGAUGAAGCAUUUUCAAGGUAA